AUGGCCGUUGAGGGCAAUCGAGUGACGAAUGGGAACAAGAGAGGAAUGCGCUUCAGGCUGUCGUCUCUCCUCCACGAUUCUGCCCCACAUCUACCCGUCCUUAUCGUCUCCUUCAUCGAUCGCCCCUCCCCCGUCGACACACCACCCCUCCCCGCCGGCACACAGACCCUGAAGAGACAGUGGGCACCGUCCACGAGCGACACAUGCUUCCACGAUGCCCGAGUCCUCCAGCUCUACCGACGGUUUCUGAGCAUCGUUUGUCUCUUUUCACGCACCUACCCUCUCGCUUGCCUGCCCAAGGCCUUAUUGCAAGUGCUUUCCGCUCUCCCCAUCCCUCGCCUUUCCGUUCCCCAUCGCCAUGAUCCCCCGCUCCCGUCCUCCUCUGCACUUUCGUCCAUCCGCCCCCUCAACCAUCCACUGCAGCCUACCUAUCUCAUCCCCAUCUCAUCCCUGCCCGCACCGCCCGAACGUCCCCUUCGCCCAUCUCCUUUUCUGUCUACCUGCCACUCGACGACCUCCUCUCUGAGGCUCAUUGGGUUCAGUGGACAGAUGUUGACAGCUGCGCUUCGGGACGUUCUCAUUUCUCGACGUAUUGUAUUUUUCUACCUCCUCCGUUCAAAAUUCCACACUUAUGACUGA